AUGGACUGUGCACGGGAGCCCGCGGAGGAGGAGGAGCGGAUCCCGCCGCCGGGGGAGGCGUCCGGCGGUGACGAGGAGGAGCUGUUCGAGAUCGACCUGGAGAAGGCGGUCCACCGAAAGCCGCCGGCGAGAAAGCAGCCCUUGGAGAGGGGAGGCGAACGCCACCAUCGGGUAUCCGGUCGGCCGGAGGGCGCCGCCCUUCUUGCGAACUGCAUCCUCCCAGCCUCUUACAUCUGCAGCGCCGUCCCGGUUGACAAGAUCGACGUCGAACUCUUCUGGGAGAGGGAGUUCCCGAGGAUGCGGUUCGUGGGGGUGACGCCGCCGACGUGAUGUCGAUGGAGAGAGGAAGAAUCGGAGAAGAGGAUGAUUUCUUGCACUCCAGCCAAUUAUUCACAAUUAUCCCGAAAAAUUGA